AUGAGAUAUACAGAAACAAUUUAUGUUUACCCUACAUCUCAUAGUCAUAUAAUCUUACUAAGUUUUGCAAAAUGGCAUAUUUUUGGCAUUUCAGGACCCUCUCCAAUACCACCAACUAAGCCAAAUAAAUGCUGGCUCCCAAAAGUAAAAGGACCAUGUGAAGCAUUAAUACCUCGAUUCUAUUAUGAUUCCAAAACUUUCAAGUGUAGGAAGUUUAUCUAUGGCGGAUGUCAAGGCAAUGCGAAUAAUUUCAAAACUAAAAAAGAAUGCAAUCAGGAAUGUAAAAAGUCAGUUUGUACAUUACCAAAGGAUACUGGACCCUGCAAAGGAUCAUUCAAGAAAUGGUACUACAACGCAGCAACAAGGAACUGUGAAAAAUUUAUUUAUGGCGGUUGUAAAGGAAACGGAAAUAGAUUCAAUCGUUAUAGGGGUUGCAUGAAAAAUUGCAAAGGAGUCAAACCAACACCACCACCAUCACCAUCGCCACCACCGCCACCACCAACUGGUCCAGGCAAAUCAAAGCCUGGUAUGUGUCCAAUACCAAACGGACCUGGUAUUUGUAUAGAAGCAUGUGGAGGAGAUUCUAAUUGCCCAGGGUAUCAGAAAUGUUGUUCUAACGGAUGCGGACAUGUGUGUACCAAUCCUGCAGGACCAUCACCAUCGCCUCCUCCUCCUCCUCCUCCCCCGCCGCCACCACCACCACCGUUUCCACCUCAAUCUGUUUGUGAAAAAGGAACACCAUUCCCUAACAUCAAUUGUGGCUUAGGACCAGCCAGUAAAACAUGCCCACGUAGUUAUUACUGUAAAAUUCAUCCAACAGAUCAGUAUGCAGUAUGCUGUCAAAAUCCCUGCUCAUAUGGAGUACCACAUCCAACGUUAAGCUGUGGAAUGGUGAUUGGAUCUAACAAAUGUCCUACUGGAUAUUCUUGUGCAGCAGGUGCUGCUGAUGAAUUCUUUGCAUGUUGUCCAACAAAACCUUCACCAUCACCUCCACCGCCACCAACACUUCCUGGAAAACCAAAGCCAGGUUCCUGUCCAAAACCAAAACCUGGAACGGCAGGUAUUUGUCUACAAAGAUGCAAUGGAGAUUUUGAUUGUCCAGGAAAUGCAAAAUGUUGUUCUAACGGCUGCGGAAAUGAAUGUGCUAAUCCUCAAGAUAAUGUACCAAUCUGUAGAGUAGGACAACCUCUGUCUAACAUUAACUGUGGACGUGGUCUGAAUCGUCAGAACUGCCCAAGGGAAUAUUACUGCAACGUUCAUCCUACUGAUAAAUAUGCUGUGUGUUGUCGAAAUGUUUACAUGCUGCCUGGUUGAUGUUGCAACAUGUCAAAGUUAUAAGUUUAUAAAACAAAUUCAACUU